GUGUCGACGAGGAGAGGGAAAUGGUUACUCUUUCUUUUUUCUUACUCUUUUUGCUCAUUCCGAUUCAUGAUGGCCAGGCGAGCGGACAGGGGGGAAAGGCUAUAUAAGUUGAACAGACAGAAUCAUCGAAAGGAUGGAUUUGCACAGCAUCCUCAAGCAAACGGGUUCCUGCCUCCGAACCCACGCAUUCACCUGAUAGACUGUAUAGCGCCAGAACCAUCAUCAUCGUCGUCGUCAUGUUAUUCCACGCUUCUCACGGCCUCUGGGCCUUGACCGCCUGGUUGGCUUCCGCUUCCGCCCUGCCGACUUUGCAGACCAGCAGUGGCCAAGAGCUCGUCAACCUUCUCGAGAGGGCCGCGAACCCCGAACUCGACAUUGCCGUCUCCCCUAAAGCCUCCAUACUUCAUCCCGGUGAUGCUGGCUUUGCCGAAGAUACGCAGCGUUGGUCCGAACGCGACGCCCCCACCUUCAAGGUGGCAUUCUUUCCGGCAACCGAGAAAGACGUUGCUAUUGGGCUCAAGUACAUGACAAGCCACAACGUCUCGUUCCUGGCCGCGUCCGGCUCCAAAGGGUUCUCCAAGACGCUGGCGAGCGUCCAGGGGGGAGUGAACCUGAACCUGAAGAACUUCGACAAGGUCACCUAUGACAAGGCCAAGAAGACCAUGACCGUCGGGGGUGGAGCAAAAUUCCAGCAACUCUGGACCUUGGCUUACAAUGAGAAGAGAGAGCUGCCGCUUUCCUCCGCCUGUGUUGGUGUCGGUGGCUGUACCGUAGGCGGUGGGCACGGAUGGUUGCAGGGCAAGUACGGCCUUGUCAUCGAUGCCGUUCUCAGCAUGCGCGUUGCUCUGUGGGACGGAACCAUCGUCACGGCGUCGGAGACGCAGAACUCGGACCUGUUCUGGGCCAUGCGGGGGGCCGGUCAGAACUUCGGCAUCAUGCUCGAGUUCACCAUGAAGACGUGGCCGCAGACCAACGGCGGAAUGUUCUACAACGCCGACAUGUCUUUCACCAGCGACUCCCUCGAGGGGGUCGUGGGCGUCAUCAACGACAUCAUCCCUACCCAGCCGGCCGACCUCGGUAUAGACUUUGUCAUAUUCACGAACGCGACCACCAACCAGACUCAGCUCUAUCUCGGCUUUGUGUACCUGGGCGACGCCGAGAAAGGAAAGGAGUUGGCGGCUCGGUUCGCCGACUCGAAGCAGAAGGGAAUCCAACGCACCCUCUUCAACGAGUCGAUGGCACGGUGGGAUCAGCUCUCGGAUGUGGUGGUGGGGGGCUUCAUCGACCAAGCCUGCUCUGGUGGCUCCAACCAGCAAGUCGACGUCUACACGGCCAACACCAAGCAGAUCGAUGCCGGGCAGGCGCGGCGCAUCUGGGACUCGUACGACGACUUCGUGGCCAAGCACCCGGGCGCCGCGCGCUCGACGGUGCUGUGGGAGGUGUUCGCCCAGCAGGCCCUGAGGAACCCUCCCGGAGGCGCGGACCGGACCGCCUACGCCGGCCGUGACACAGCCACCGUGCUCGUGCUGGUGCAGGGCAUCUACAACGACGCGGCGCUGGGCCCGGACGUCGACGCCUGGGCCCGCCCGUGGCGCGACGAAAUCACCAGCACCUCGGGCUACCCGCGCCAGACCAUCUACAUGAACUACGCACACGGCGACGAGCCCCUCGAGGCCAUGUACGGCUACGAGCCCUGGCGCCUCGACCGGCUCCGCCGCCUCAAGGCCAAGUACGACCCUCAUGGCCACUUCAACCACUACAACUCCGUGCUUGGCAUUACGAAGCAGGGGUACUAAGCCGCGCCCAAGGCAAGGCAGGCGGCCUUUUUGGACGCAUUUUAUUUUAGAAUCUUCCUCGCGGACCGGCUGUUGGGAAACCCGGGGUGCUUAUUGGGACAUCCCGGAUUGGUUUGCUUGUUCUUUUUUUUUUCUUGUUUUACUUUUGUUUUCUAUAGACAUUUCCCCCCACCUUGUUUCUUUUCGUCUGUACAAGCCAUUUCCGGGCCACUGGUGGGAUCGGUUAGCAGGGUUAGCCGCAGUUAAUAGACAAUCAACUUCACGGGUAACACAGAUUGCUCGCACAUGA